AAACAGGACACAACUCUUAAUAUCGUAGUAUUGCAAAAUACGCACAUGUACUUGAAGUUUAUACUGUUGGUUUUAUGACAAACAAUCGAUUCGUACAACUAAAUUAUUAAUUGGAAAGAAGCACAAUGGAGCAUAAACGUACACAAAGUACACAAAAUAAUGGCACUGAUUCAAACGGUGAAUGUUCAGAAUCGACGGAUAUGUUCACAUUAGCGAGCCAGAUUGAUUCUAGUUUAAACUCGAAGAUUAAGACCUUACUCAAGGACGUCACUGUUUUCAAUGCGUGUUUACAGUUCUUCAACAGCGACAUCUUGGUACCAGUGGGCAGUUCUCAAGAUGGAUCGAAAGUUAACGUGCCUGGUGACGGGGGAGACGUGGAUAUUUUACUUAUUUCAAAAACCGUGGUUCUUGAUGAAUCGUUAUUGGAAUACGACCGCCGUUACCCCGCAUUUCUGAGAGUUCGAGGCGAUAACACACACUCGAAAUUGUUCAAAUGGAAACGUUUAGUCGAAGGUGUGUACGUACCAGUAAACGUUUUGAAGAAUCUCGAACGUAGAAUAUAUGGUUUAAUGAGGUUUUUUGUUAGCGCAAUCUCCCGUCCGGGUAUAUCGUCAGAAGGAGAAUGCCUAAACACUUUCAAAGAAUCCGCAGUCGGUUUGGAGAUUGCAGCACUUGAUGGGUCGGAUGCGUUGAGUAUUGCGGACAUUCCCGAAAAUAGGGUCAACCAAUGGAAAAUUAUUCUGAAGGCUGGCCAAGAGUGGCCAGAGAAUGGAUAA